UAAUGAAGCAUUACGAAGGCACUAACCGUACCUAACUCAUUCGAGCGGUAGUGUCCGAACAAAGCACCAAGCGCAACUAGUGCAUUUUCUGCUCUCAAUUCCCACAGAAGCUCGGCAGUUUGGAGUACGCCUUUUCGUACAUACCCACCCCCAGCAACUCACAGCAAACCAGCAACAAUGGACGUGCAAGUGGAUGCGAUGGAGAUGGCGCUGCCGCCGAUAGAGUCGUUCAAAAACUGCGAGUAUCAUGUGCGUGUUUCGGGAACGACCGAGCUCGACCGCCGCGUUAUGUCAUUUGUGGACAAUCUGUGGGGCUUCGAGGUGACCGGUGGCAUCGAUCAGUUCGAACCACUGACAGUGAUUUCGGUCAAGCGUGAGGGGUUGGCCCGCCGGGCUGGCAUCCGAGUGAACGACAUCAUCACCAAAAUCAAUGACGCCAAUGCGGAUAAGCUGACGCUCGCGCAGGCACAGGAGCUGAUCGCGGAAUCGGGACGCACGGUGAAAAUAUUCGUCAGCGGCGAUGUGGACGAAGACAGUGAAGAUGAGAUGACGGUGGACUACUGGUUUAAACCUUAUGGUUUCUUUUCCUCAGUAAAUGAAGCCGACCGGUCUAUGCUGGAUUGGGAGUCACGUCUUCGUGCCAACCGCAAUCCUGACAAAUGGAAUGGUGUGUGGCCGUGGAACGAUCGCAAGAAGGUGGUCUACAAGGAAUCAAACUGCUAUCUCGUACCGAGCGUAGCGGAAGAAACGCGCGAGCGGGAGCUGAAGCUACGGGCCACCGAGGAUCAGUACGAGAAGCAUUUGCAGCGGGAGCGAGAGGCGGCGGAAAAGAAGGCUGAAGAGGAACGAGUGGUGGAAGAGGCUCGCCGGGCCGAGGAAGCGCGUCGGGCAGAGGAGGAACAGUUUUUCGCCACAUUCGAGGCGGAACAGAAAAAGCGACAGGAAGAGGAAGCGGCCAAACGGCUCCAGAGCGAAGCGGAAUCGGAGUCAGCUCCCCAGGCUGGUGAUGAAGCGGUGGAACAGGAAGAAACGACGACGGGAGAUGCUGAGGCGGAUAAGUACAUCGACGAACUAAUGGAGCAGCAAAAGGAUCUCGGUGAGAUCUGUACGGAUAUGAUCGAACCGGAGAGCAUCCCUAGCACGGAGGAUGCUUGAGUUGUACUGGUGCAAUCUAUAUUGUAAGGUUUACACGAGUGAACACGAGUGUGAAAGAACGAAAAAUAUUUAUGAAAAUAAUGUUAUACUGUUAAAUAAUAUAAAAAAACGAAACGUUAGAAGUAUAUCAAUCAACAUGGAAACAUGAAAUUCCUAAA